UUUAUUUUGAAGGAAAAUGGAUUGCCCGACCUUGGCGUUCAAGAACGCAUGCGCAGUGGCAAAAGCGGCACAAACAAAAAGCUGGUCGGCAGAAAGUGCAACAAAAAUGAGCGUCCACCAGCGGCGGUCAGAGUCCGGCCUCUGAGCCAAAUGGAGGCGGUGCUGAAAAACCUGGCGAGCACGGCGGAGCUGCUGGCCGUGGCAGCGCUGAGCGAUGCGGUGGACCGGUGGGAUAAAGUUACUUUGUCCAGAGCUUUUCACUGGGCGCGGUACUGCGAACAUCUCUACUCCAGGUUUCACAAUAAGUCCCCGGUGAGGAGGAUUAUGGAGAAACAGUUGCAGCACACAAAUCAAAGUUUGCAAGCUGUCUUCCCUGGGUACACAGAAAUCUCCUUCUCGGACCUCUCCCGGUGUAAGCAUCUGUUGCUUGUUGCGCUGUUGAACAAUCUUGAGUUGCCCAUCUCCAUCAUGAAGAUACUCUUUGACACCAACAGUCCUGUAAACACCAAACAGAGUGAGUAUCAAGAUGUUAGCGGCCUCUGCAGCCACAUCAUUCAGUGCAAAUCUGCUUGCAAAGUCCUGGCUCCUCUGACAGACAUGUCAGCUAUUGGUGCUGAUGCUGAGGUUCAAGGGGUGAUGCUGAUGGAGAGGCUGGGUGCUCUGCUGAGCCAAGGCAGUGAAGCCUGGCGGACAGAGCACUUUUUAGACUCCGUUCUCCGGGGAUGUGAAGGUGGAGCACAACAUUUCUGUCUGGUCAUCGCUGCAGCUCUGCUGACAAAGAAAAACUCAGCUGCACAAACUGCUUUGGAGGAUUUUCUCUUGGACUGGCUGCAGACAAAGCACAGCAAGCUGCAGCACAUGUGUUCUGCACUGCCUACUGCACUUCUUAUAGACCUGGCCAAGGAACAUCUGAAAUUUAGAGAUGCGUACUUUGAUGUGCUGAAAAAGUGGGCAUCUGAUAUGGAGUACAGCAUAAGUGAGGGUGAAUGGGUUCAAACCAGCACAAACCAAACUGUGUCCUUCCAGAGACUGACUGAGCACUUUCUGGCCUUGUUUCAGGCCUGUCCUUCUUUGAGGGAGGAUGUAGAAAAAGAGCUAAAUGCUUUGAAAAUUUCUGAUGGAGACUUUGAUGUGAGAGGUCUGAGUGUGUGGGGAGACCUCCUGUCCACAUUAAACAAGUGAGUCAGUCUUGGAGUUUCUUUAUAUUUGAAAAGACAGGGAAUAUUGUAUUACAAAUGUGUACUCUGACAGAGGAUUAGUUUCAAAAACAGCCAGAGAUUUUUUCAGUGCAAAACCCACAUGAAAAACAUGCGGCUCUUGAACUUGUCCAGACAUUCGCAGAGGUUCCUCUUCAUUUUAAAUUCCUGACUCUUUACGCAGCAUUUUGUUGUUCAUCUUGUGAAAUAUGAUUGCACACAGACUAACUAACUAACACAGAAAUGCAACAUACUGGAUAAAAUUCUCAGGAUGGAAAAUAAUAAAAACAUUACUGUUGACAACAUUUUAAAAAUGCUCACUUUUGUGGAUCCGGUAAGCCUUAGAAAUGGGGCCCCUGCAAUGCAUGUUUCACAGUAUAAA